AUGAGGUGCAUAAACUUAGACACUUCUUUAACUAGAAGAGUUUUUAUAAAUUUAGUUGAUUUUACAGAAGGUUUCUGUGUUAAAAUUAACACACCUUCAGAAUUUUCUCAUAUUGACAGAAGAUCCAAACAUAAAAAGAUAGCGAUUGAAAAAUAUUCGCUAUCUCAAGAUCAAAACCCUACUAUAAAUACAGAUGCAAUUCUGCAAAGGGAGAAAGAAAAGAAUAAGAGAGUAGAUGACAGGAAAAUUAAAAUAAAUCUAAAAACCCAACAAUAUACUACACAGAGGAUGAAUACAAGUUCUUCUUUAAACAAGAUGGUGUCUAUUGGGCUAUUAUGCACAGCUAACUUUUCCGCUUUGAAAUGCUAG